CUGAGAAGAUCUUUCCCAUAAACGAACUGCAAAAUGACGUGACUUCGUAGGUGUAAAUUACAUUUCGUUCGAAACGACAGGUAUGGAAGAACCGUUCAUCAAAGGAACACUGUUUCAAAGAGUAUUCGUUUUGUUUUCGUCUGUAAUUUUUGUCGUUGAACAUUCUUCAGCCAAAAAUAUCGACAUCGACUUGAAUUUGGCACCAGAAUGGAAACGAGAAAUUACUCAGAGAGCGUCGGAUUACGGUAAAAAUUUAUUCGUUGAGAAGAUCAAGUUCUGUUACCUAUGUUAAAUUUAAUAUCAAUCGAUAUCACAAUCUUUCCCUGCUCUUUGUAUCUUGGCAGAGAACAACUUGAACUGACGCUAACGAGGCAUUGGUGCUCUUGUUAAAAGCUUAAAGCAAUGUGCUGUGAAAUUUGUUUACCAAUUUAUAUUUAAUUUUAUACAGUCUACAUCACUGAUCGUUCUCUCUCGAAUGAAUGAAUCAUCGCUCUGCACAAACGACGGGAAAGGUUCCAGAUCUUAAUAAGCCUCGACAGCUAACCGCUCCGUUGGAAAUAGGCCAUCAAUAGGGCCUCAUAUACUCACCGUUAUCUUAAGGAAAAUGUCAGUGAUAUUUUUUUUAUUUGUUAAGUACACCAUAGGGUGCCAAUUUGCACUUCGGCUGGUGGUUAAUAGAGGUCACCUUGAUUAGCGUUUCACUUCUGAGGACUUGUGGUUUGCAGGUUCCAUAAUUUUUUGGAUAGGUUGAAAGCUUAAAAAAGCAGAUCAAUUUACGUGUAAAACGAAUCAAAUGAUUUUCCAUCAACUUAUAGAAGCUAUACAUACUGUUAAUUAGGCUAGAAUGUUUCGGUUAUGUCAUUUGGAGGUGAUGAUACCAAACUUUGUCAGCUGGUGAAUGUGAUUAAAAAUCAUAUCCCCUCUCUAUCCUAUCAUUUAAUCUAAUUUUAAGCUGGUAGAUUUGUGAAAAAAUGGUAUGUGGUUAAAGUUGGAUCGUGUUUGCUUUGUAAUUUUUCACCAUUCAUCUUCACAUUUCUGUAACUGUAACUCAAAUUUGGGGAGCAGAGAUAGUGCAGAUCUCCUGCUGCUGUAUCCAGAUGUUUAUUAGUGGACCCUGUGUCACAAACGAGUCCAGUUAAUUCAAUUUAUAAUUUUAACUUUUUUGCUUUUUAUAUUACAGAUCUCUUCAAAAUUUGUAUUUGCAUAACUUUUUAGGCUGAUUUCCAAUGGUUUUUUCUCAACUUUACAGUGGACCACAUCAUCCUUCCAUUCAUUUCUAAAGAACUCAAUGACUUAUCAGUUCCCAAUCUUUCUGGAACCAUCAAAACUCCAUUAGGAAAUGUGCAGUAUGAUCUCAACCAGUAAGUUCUUUUUUAAAACAUCUCAAGAUAUCAACCUGGAUAUGGAGAUUUGUUUGAUUUUUCCUAGACUGUAUGCAUAACUGUAUCAACUUUUAUCAAUAUUUUAACCAGAUGAGUGAAUUGUUUGAAUCAUAGUUUCAAAUUAGUCCAGUCUUAUACUAUACAAUUUGAUGUAUAUUUUUAGGAUCAAGUUGUCCAAUGUAGUGAUUAAGAAGACCAAUGUUUCACUAUUAGCUGAUCAUGGGUUACGGAUUUCUGCUAAUGAAGCCUCAGGAAAUAUGGCAGCUAAUUGGCACUACAAAGAGAACUCUUGGUUUGUUGUCUGUCAAUAUGUUUCUUAAGUUGUUUUGAGGGAGAACAAAUGAAAGGAAAAAAAUUAAAUUAAAAAAAUAAUGUGAUUUAAAUCAAAAUUGCAUUGUCUACAUUUUAGGGGCAAGGAGGUUGAGAGCAUUGUUUUAUUAUUACUAGUUGUAACCUUCAGUUGAUGAUUUUCUUCUGGAAAAUGGAUAUUUUGCAUGAGUCUUGUGGUAUAUUGGACUAAGUCAGCUCUGCUCUGGUUAUAAAGUCAAUCCGGUGAUUUGGCAUACAGAAGUGAGGGGUCUCUUAAGAAGAAAGCCCCCCCACUGCCUAAGCUCUGAUAUUCAUACUACUGCUGGGCACCUGCUGAACCUUAUUGUGUGGCCAGACAGUCCUCUAGACUAGAAUUGCCUUCUGCUUUGUUGAGGAUUGGUAAAAAGUACUGUCUGUGUGUGCAUGGGUAUUUCUUAGUAAGACUGAAGGAGUCUAUACUGCUGAACUCAGCUCUCCUCUAGGAAAACCCUGAUCAGUUGGCCAAUUAUUUUACAUUAGUUACUGUCUAUCGUGCUACAGAUACAAUUUUACUAUCAGUUCCAAAAUCUAAGAUUUAAGAGAUUGUGAGUAUAUUAAUUUUUUGAAUUGUUUUUGUUGAUAAGGCCUCACAUCUCUGAUUCAGGAUCAUGUGACCUAUCAAUCAAAGACCUGUCACUUGGAAUGGCUUUCUAUGUUGAUGGUUAGUACAAGCCUGCAAGUGAGAUCCUAUUUCAUGAAAUGCAUACUUUUUAAUCCUAAUUGGAGGCUUUGUGAUUUUUAAAAUUUACAAGAUUUCCUAAACAUUUCUCCAAGUAUCCUGUUAUGGAUCACCUUUGUACAGAUUCACCAAACUCUGUAACAACCAGUGACUAACUUUAUAUUCUAAAUAUUUUAUUAUGUCUGGCAUUGAAGGUAACUUGGGAGAGAAGAAGGGAAAAGUCAGUGCAAAAGACUGUACCAUGAAAAUUGGCUCUGUGCAUAUCAAGUUCAAAGGAGGUGCAAGGUAAUGAUUUAUAUUGCAACUGCAUACAUCAUAGUCGAAGAAACAACAGUUAUAAUGAUGGUCUAAAGCUUUGCCACUCCACCUUCCAUAGCAGGAAGCAACUAAUUUUGCUGAUUUCUUCCAGAUUCAAAUCCUACCUGUGUAGAUAACACUUUUUUGGAAGGAUAUUUCCAGGAAUAGGGCCAAAAUAUGCAAAAUCCAGUUUUUGACUCAAUUUGAGUAGAAUAAUAUAGGGUUUUCAUAUUAUAUCUUGGUGAAGAGGUUGGUUUCACUUCCAGAAGAGACCAAAGAGGUAAUUUCUCUACAUAAUAACAAUAUACUUUCAAGUUCAGAUGACAACUAGGAACAAACCAUGAUUAAUAUUGAUUUAAUACUAGAUUUGCAGAACUAAAAUCAUAAGCAAUGUAUGGGAAAAAGUGGAAAGAGUAAAUUCUCAAGUAGUGCUAGAUCUUGAGUGUGAAAUACUUAAUUCAACAUUCUCCUUCCACAAGCUGGUUGUAAUUUUUAUGUAAUUUUGUUUAUUUCUUCACAAGCUGGUUGUAUAAUUUGUUUGCUGAUGGCUUGGCAUCAAGCCUUAAAGACCAACUCUCCGCUCAGGUAAAAGUCACUGGUAAUAACAUUUAAAUUUAUUCAUAACUGUGAAGUGAUUUUUCAUAACUUUUAAUUUGUUCAACCCAAUUAUGUGCCAAUUAAAACACUAACAAGUACUGUAUUUUAGCACAAGAGCUCACACAUUUUUCUGAGUACUGAUCCCAUCAUUCUUUCUCAACUUUUUUCAAGCCAACAUGACUGUUUUCUGGAAUGAAGGUUUUGAGUCAAAUCACAUGGCUUGUUGAGCAAUGAUAGCAGUUGUUGUGAGAGUGCCACAAAGUUGAUAUUAUCUGACUACACUAGUAAAACAUUUUAACAGAUGAUAAUCCAACAUGUACAUAUAAAGCUAAUCCAUUCUCCAUCCUUCAGAGUUUCACAGUUUGAUGAUGAAUGAUUUCCAUAUUUUUUUUCCAAAAAUACAAAACUUGUUUGUAUCGAGUACACACUGAUUGACUACCAGUUGUUAGUAAAAUUAACAUCAAUUUCCAUAUUUUCUCACUUUUAAUUGUAGAUCUGUAAGACUGCUAUCAGCCUGAUUAGCUCCAAAGCUACUCAAGCCUUAGACAAUUUUCCUUCAAUUAUGAGGAAGUUUCAUGGAGUACAAGACUGAAUGGAAGGAGUUGAGAGAAAAUCCUAGCCCAGCUUUAUUUUCCAAAGUGCUUUCAUUGUUACUUGUGAAAAAAAACAUAAAUACAGGGCUGUAGGCAAUGUCCAUAGAUUAUCCAUGAAAUUGGUAAUGACUUAAACUUAUCAGGUAGAAGUUGCCAUCUUGAUCUAACACCACAUUCUUGUAACUAUAUACAAGGAAAUGUGUGGCAGAAGGAGGGAUCAAUUAAAGAUCAGAUCUUGGGACAUUGUACCACCAGGUCAGCAGAAAAUGCUGGUAAUCAAAUCACUGUUUAGUCACC